AUGAAUCUAAAAAAGAUAGGAAAAAAACUAAAACCCACAAUUUUUUGUGAUAUUGUUGAUGCAAAGGAGGCAAUAGUGAAUAAGAUUGAAGGCAAUCAGUAUGUUGGAUCCAAGUCUGAGGGUCUGGGGGAUUUCGAUACCAACAUUUUAAAUAUUGGGCCCAAUCGACUCAAGGCCCUUUCGGCUGGAACUAAGCCAAAGACAGUUUCUAUGGUGGAGUUACGUUCUCCUUGUCCUGUUUCACUGACUCAUAAGGCUCAAACUGAUAUAGCAGGUUUUGUUCCAUUUUCAAUUAGGAUGGCUGUUUCUAGGUGUUCUGAAACCAAAUUGCAGAAUUCCUCAUUUUUGCAAAAGUCAUUGGCGAGGAGUCAAAAAUUUAAAGUAAAUCAAUCGUACUUCAUGCCUCUCGGGCGUCCUUCUCGUGCAGGUAACAAAGUGGCUACGACUUCUUCUUCUCUGGGUCAUAGUCAAAGCAUUCAACCAUCCUUACCAUCGGAUCGUUAUUCAGGUGAAUCAACAGCUGAUGAUAUCUCAGACUCUUGUUAG